AUUAAAAAUAAUAGAAUUAAAAAGAUAUUUGUGUCUUGCAAAGCUUUUUGUAGAAGGAAAUGUCUUCUAUAAAGGCUUCUAAAGUGAAGGAUAUUGAGUUUGGAGAAUUUUAUAAAAAGUUUUUUGAAUCUACUGAAUGGCCUUUUAAAUCACUUUUAGUUUCAAAAAAUUUAACUGAUUUAAGCUUCACGGACUUAGCAUUACUGGUUACUACAGACGGCGAUCUUUAUGGUAUUAAUAGGGAUAAUGGAAAGAUAAAUUGGGUUUUGAGAGGAUUGAAUUUUGUAAUAAAAUCUGAGAGAGAUUUAGCUAAAAUAGAUAAUCAAUUUGACUAUAAACAACAUAUUUCAAAUAAUGUUGACUUUCUUUGGUUUUUAGAACCAGUGGGUGACGGCUCUAUAUAUGCAUUUGACUUUAGAAUAGGGGUUUAUAAACUUCCAUUUAAUAUUAAACAACUAGUAAAACUGUCGCCUUAUAGUUUUCCAGGAGAUGAUAAAGUUUAUAUUGGUAAAAAAGAGACUUCUCUUUUUGUUAUAGAUGUGAAUACUGGAGAAGUAUAUCAAAAUUUUAGUAGUGGUUAUCAACAUGAUGGUUAUACUCGGUGUUUUUUUGCUGGUUUUGGUAGGUAUUAUGAUAAGGAAUGUAAUGUUGUAGAUAUCCACAAUAAGAAUGUUUUAAAGAUAGGACGUAUAGAUUAUAUAUUAAGUGUAUAUUCUGGAAGCAGAUUGUUGUGGAAUGUUAGCUAUAGUGAAUGGGUUCCUAGUUUUAUUAAUGUUAAUUUUGAAAAUAGAUACAAUUCGAUGUUUGAUGGUAAAUAUAUAUUAUCAACGCAUAAUGGUAGAAUAUUUCAGCAUAAUAUUACAGGGCUUACUUCCUCUGUUGUAUGGUCUGAAAAACUUGACAAUCCUGUUACUAAGGUUUUUGAUAUAUUGUCUUUUGUGCCCAUUUCGAUUCAUCAUUUGUCUGAAACAAAUAAACAGAAUAUAUUUAUAAUGAUGGAACAGCCUACUGAUUUUGUAUUUAAAACGUUGAAUAAGACAUAUAACCGUUAUGUCUUUAUUAAUGUCACUAAAAUAGAUAAUUGGUAUGCUUUAUCGGAAGAAAAAUUCCCAUUUAUAAAAGAAGCAUCCUUAUCUCGUUGGUAUGAUAGCACAAUUAAUUUUGGGAAGUUGGGGAUUCCGCCUUUAUAUACGGAUCUUAUUGGUCUUCAUAGAAUUUCAUAUGAUACGAGUCAAAUUUUAACUAUUGAUUCUUCUUUUGAACCAUUAAAAAUUAGUAAUUUUUUGGAUUAUAAUUAUGGUUUAAAAUAUGAAUAUAUUCUUUUUAUUUUUUUGGGGUGCGGUCUAUUGAUAUAUUUUUUGUGGAAAAGGAAAAAACAAUGUUGUUCACUUAUAUUUUUGUUAAAGAUUAAGAUUUUUACAUGGAUGAUAUAUAUGAAAAAAGGAAAUAGUCGUUUGUCCUUAACUAAUAUUUUAAAUAUUUUUAAUAAAAAGAAUAAUAGAGAGUAUACAAAUUUUAAAAAUAAGCUUAUUGAUACUUUAUCAAAUACUGAAGAUAUUUUACUGUUAAAUGAAAUAGAGGAUUUGAAAACAUUUCAUUUAAAAAAACGUAGAAAAGGCAUCCGAAGAAAUAAAAAACGUAAAAAAGGAAUAGAAAAUAUGAAUUAUAUUAAUAUAGUUGAAAUAUCGGAAGAUGAGGAUUUCGAGGAAAAUCAGACAGAAUAUAAUAACGAUAGCUUACAAGAUCUGGGUUUAGACUUGAUGCUUAAAGAAUAUGAUUCAGUUGAAGAUAUAAAAUUUCCUUUGAUUAUAAAUUCUUUAGAAAUAACAAAUAAAAUUUUAGGAUAUGGGAGUCAUGGUACAAUAGUUUAUGAAGGUUCUUUUGAAGGUCGUAAAGUAGCUGUAAAAAGGAUGUUAUUAGAAUUUUACGAGGUUGCUUUUCGUGAAAUUACGUUACUACAAGAAAGUGAUGGUCAUCCAAAUGUUAUUCGUUAUUAUUGUAAACAGAAGAGUGAUAAAUUCUUAUAUAUUGCUCUUGAGCUUUGUUGUGCUUCUCUUUAUGAUAUUGUUGAACGUUCUUCUGAAUUUUUAUGGUUAUCGAAGCUAAUUAAUGUUUCGAAUAUUUUAUAUCAAAUAGCUUUAGGAAUACAAUACUUGCAUUCUUUAAAAAUAGUUCAUAGGGAUAUUAAGCCUCAAAAUAUCCUCUUGGUGCCUUUAUAUUCAAAAUCUGAUAAUAAUAAAAAUAGUAAGCGAAUAGAUAAUAUUCGUAUUGUGAUAUCAGAUUUUGGUUUAUGUAAAAAAUUAGGAUUGGAUCAAAGCAGUUUUAAGAUGACUACUUCGCAAUUGUCUGGUACAAUUGGAUGGAGAGCACCUGAAUUAUUUUAUGAAAAAGAUAAUAUUGGUGAUGAAUUUCAAAAAAAUAUACCACAUUUUCAAGCAAAAUCUGUAAAUUUUUUUCGAAAUCAUAAAGUUGGUCGUGCGAUAGAUAUAUUUUCUAUGGGAUGUGUUUUUUAUUAUGUUUUAACAAAAGGUAUGCAUCCUUUUGGUGAAUAUUAUUUUAGAGAAGGGAAUAUUGUGAAAGGAAGUGCGAAUUAUAGUCAUCUAGAUUUUCUUGGUAAUGAAAGUUUUCUUGCUAAAGAUCUUAUUUCAAAAAUGUUAAGUUUAGAUCCAAGCACAAGGCCUGAUGCAAAUUUUGUUGUUAGACAUCCAUACUUUUGGUCACCUGAAAAAAAGUUGUCUUUUUUAAUAGAUACAUCUGACAGAUUUGAGACUGAAAGGCGUCAACCUUUUUCUGAAUUAUUACAUUUUUUAGAGAAGGAUGUUCUUAAUAUUAUAGGAAGAAAUUGGCAGAAAAAGAUAAAUAAGCAUAUUCUGGAGAACUCUGGAAAGUUUAGAAAAUAUGAUGGAACAAAGCUUUUAGAUCUUUUGCGAAUAUUGAGAAACAAGAAAAAUCACUAUCAAAAUCUUCCUUUUAAUGUUCAGGAAAUUCUAGGACCACCUCCUGACCUCUAUUUAUCAUAUUUUAUGACUCGAUUUCCUCAUUUAUUAUUACAUUGUUAUUAUAUCGUUAAGCGUUUUUUAGAUAAAGAGAACAUGCAUCAGUUAGCUAGUUAUUUUUAA